AUGCCUCAACCAAGCCCAGGUCCAUCUCCGGAGAGAGCGGCGUAUGGAUUUGUCCUUUAUCUAGCAAGCUACAUUUUAUUCGCAGUGUUUGUGAUAUGGGCAUAUGUUCCUGAUGAAGUCCUUCACAGUAUUGGCCUAACUUAUCUUCCUACCAAAGCUUGGGCAAUAGUAUUACCAAUCCUUGGUUGCAUCGGUGCAGUGUCUAUUCCUGUUGUAUAUUUCAUCAUCAACAUACUUCAUACUCAAGCAUUGGAAGAAGAAAUUGAAAUACACUCUAAAUCAAAUAUCCCAGAAUCAACAAUACAAAACUUUGACUUGAGUUCAGGAUCUGUUCCACCAAUUGUUGAACUGGAUCUGGCAACUGUUUGUCGCCAUUUAAAUCUAGGCAAGGAUAAACUGUCACCAGCUAGUUAA